AUGGAAGACACAAGAUCACAAAGUGCUGAGCUGAAACGACAACAACGUGAACGUGGUCCUGCUGUACCGAAUACCACACCAUAUACAUGCGCACAUUCUAAAGUUUGGAUAGCAUCAGACGGUUGGGCAGAUAUAUCUACACACUUUUAUAAUUACAGUAGUGUUGCGUCAGUGCUUGGUGUAACUAUUAGCAGAAAACCACUCCCGAAUCUUUUCGACCACCUUGCUAAAUACAAUACAAUCCGGAAACACAACAGCCUUCAUUUCCUUGAGAAUUUCAUGAAAUGGAUGUGUGAUAAUAAAAUCUUAACGGAAAAAAAUUGCAGUGACGAGAUAUUGUGCAAGGCUGAAAACAACAAUAAGACUAUCACUCUCAUCGAAUCUGCUGCAAAAACCUAUCUACAGUUAGCUACUAACUAUGAGGCCUAUACAACAUACAUUGCCGUAUAUGCCAUUGCUCAAGCACUUAAGGAUAUCCAGGAAUGUUCGUCUGAAGAGGGACAUUUAGACGAGUGUCCUGAUAUAAAUAAUCUAGAUAGAUGGCAACUUGUGACUUAUUUGGAGAAAGUAGGAUUCAGCGAUAAUCUGGGAUCUAGUUUUCAGUUUUCAGAAGACAGACAAACUAAUCCCUCGUACAUUAUCUUGAAUGGUAAACGGUCAAAAGAUGGAACAUUUGAAUUGGUCGAGGUGGGUUCGUAUAAGCAUGGCAAAUUGGAUAUAGAUAAUUCUUCCAUUUACUGGGGCAGUGAAACAUACAAAGGCAAUAAACCAUUAGCAAUAUGUAACAAUGACUGUAAACCUGGGACAAGGCGUCAAUAUAUCGAGAAUGAGCAGAAGUGUUGUUUCAGUUGCCUGCUGUGUUCAGUGAAUACCAUUACAGAUAUUAAGAAUGCUGACACGUGUAUGGUGUGUGGACAAGACCAGUACGCCAAUAAUAACCGGACAAUAUGCCUGAAGAAGAGCCCGGAUGUGAUUAUGUGGAACAACACUAUAUCUGUCAUUGUCUGCAUCUUUAGCGUUCUAGGAAGCUUGACAACUAUUGCUGUAGCGUACAUUUUCUACAAAUAUCGAAGCACACCCAUUGUCAAGGCAGCUAGCCUAUCCCAUACCUUUGUCUUGGCGUUUGUUUUGUUUUUGAGCUUUCAGAUGGUUUACUUCUACAUAGGAAUUCCAACAGAUACCCUGUGUAAAGUUAAGUCGAUCAUAAACAGGAUAAAUCUUACGGUAAUUCUAGGCAUUUUCUGUUCCAAACUAUACGUCAUUGUAAAGAUUGUUAAUAAUAGGCUAAACUCUAUACCUACAAAACUCUUUUAUCGGUAUUCCUGGAUGCUAGUUGCAGCUAUCGCUUGUCUUCACCUAGCAUUCAACGUAAUCCUUGAAAUCGCCAUCCCCAGUCACGUUGUGUACGAUUACAAUAACUCAUUAACAAUUCUACCUAUCUUCUGCAAAGAAACUGAUGUUGGUUUUAUUGUCACAAACAUAUACCAAUUAAUAUUGUCUUUGAUUUGCUUUAUUUUUUCAUUCCGCGCCCGAAACCUGCCAAGGAAUUUCCAAGAAACGAGGUUUAUAUGGUUCAUUAUGUUUACAUGGUGUAUACUGGAAAUCUUCUCAUUUCCCGCGCAUUUUGCAGCUGCCCCAAAGCUUCAGAUAUGUUUACAAGUAAUAUUUAUUUCAUUAUUUAAUUUCUUGACGCUUUCAGCAUUUUAUUUUCCAAAAUGCUAUUUUAUUUACUUUCGUCCAGACAAAAAUACAAGAGAAAAUGUUGGAAAAGAGAUCCUCAAACAAGGGACAUCAAAACCCAGCAAAUGCGGCGGUGUAGAGGCGUGCACCACAGCAGACGAUGAUGCGAGUUUAUGUCAUGAAUUAUAAAGAAACAUAUGGGGGAAUUCUAAUCCCCACAAAUAAAAGCACUUUUUGUGCUUAAAUCAUAAUAAUAACACGGGUACCACCCCCUGUUUUUUUUCUUCUAAAAACAGACAGUAUUUUAUGUAAAUUUGGUUUGUGUUUUAGGGACCUUUUCGAACUCUGCCCAAAUUAUAAAGCUUUAUGAAAACAUAUUCCGUGAGUGGUCCAUAAAAAUCAUAACGAUGCCAUAUCACACCCACAUAUGCAAAUUAUAAUUAUUUCUCACAAGGCUCAAUAGUAUGGACAGGGUUUUACCAAUUUGUACAAGAUGCUUUAAGCUCUCGGUUCCACACCAUUUUAUUAAACUCAAAAUAAGAUUAAAAAAAUUAAUCUGGUCACCGCACGUCAUCUUG